AUACACUCAACCAGCCAACAAUCAAUCCUUCCCUUUUAUCCAUUCAUCGACAAUGAGCAAAGUCAGUGCUGCUGCCGUCAGAGAAAUCGUUCAAGCCAUCCAAGCUGGUUCUCAAGAAAAGCCCAGAAAGUUUGUUGAAACCGUCGAAUUGCAAAUCGGUUUGAAGAACUACGAUCCUCAACGUGAUAAGCGUUUCUCUGGUACCAUCAAGCUCCCUCACGUCGCUCGUCCUCGUAUGACCGUCUGUGUUCUCGGUGAUGCUUUCCACUGUGACCAAGCCAAGGGUGCCGGUAUGGAAUUCCAAUCUGUCGAUGACUUGAAGAAGCUCAACAAGAACAAGAAGCUCAUCAAGAAGCUCGCCAAGAAGUACGAUGCUUUCCUUGCUUCUGAAGCUUUGAUCAAGCAAAUUCCUCGUCUUCUCGGUCCCGGUCUCCACAAGGUCGGUAAGUUCCCUACUCCCGUCUCUCACAACGACUCCUUGGUUGACAAGGCCAACGAAAUCCGUGCCACCAUCAAGUUCCAACUUAAGAAGGUUCUCUGUCUUGGUGUUGCUGUCGGUCACCUCGAUAUGACUGAAGACCAAUUGGUUGGUAACAUUAUGUUGUCCGUCAACUUCCUCGUCUCCUUGUUGAAGAAGCACUGGCAAAACGUCAAGUCCUUGUACUUGAAGUCCACCAUGGGUAAGCCUCACCGUUUGUUCUAAGCGGCUUUUCUAGCAACCACUUGUAUCAUUUAAAAUAAAAUAACUGCUUGUUCGACUAAUAUGUGUCCACUACAACGAUAUAUAUAGAGAGAGAAAAGAGGGUAGU